AAUAAAUAAAUUGUCUUGUCUGCGUGUGACCGAAAGGAAAAAGAAGCUCUAAAGUCCAUAACUACUUCCUCUUUCGUCUCACCUACACACACACAGAGACGCGCUGAGUGAAAUGGCAAUGGCGCUACACGCAGUCUCUUUCUCUUUAAGAGCUCAGCGACCUCUUUGACUUUCCAUUCUCUCUGUGAGUACCCCCAAUCUCGCUUCUACUUACCCUUUUUGUUUGGUUGCCGAGAAAAUGUCGAGGAAAAAACCCACUAAAAGUAGUAAUAACUAAUACUUAUUUCGCUUAAGUUUUUAACUCGGUGCGCUUGUUUCUUUCUAUUUUCUCGGCGUUUCUCUGGAUCUAAACGGAAAGAGCUAGGUAUUUCAAUUACGGGAUCGCGCUUUCUUCGGUGGUUUGUCGAUUUAGCUUUCAGCCGCCCCUUUGUCAUAAAGGGGUGUAACUUUUAUACUGCGUUUGGUGGCUGAGAAAAGGGUUUGUGAAAUGGGUAUGGCAGUUAAACAAGUGGUUUUUCUUCUGAUUUUUGGUGCUCUGUACAAUGUAUGCGCUUCCAAUACAGUAUUUAACCAGUCAAUUCAUGGCCAGUUGGAUGCUCGGAACGAAGAAAGUAAAGGAUCAUGCCCAACUGGUUGGACUGUUAGCCCUAACAAAAGCAAUUGCUUUGGUUAUAUUAACACUACACUAUCAUGGAAUGAGUCAGAGACCCAUUGUAAAACUUUCGGUGGACACUUGGCAGCAUUAGCAACAUCUGAAGAACUAAGCUUUGCUGAAAAUCUAUGUGGGAAAACCCCACGCGGCUGCUGGAUUGGGGGAAGAGGCAGCAACUCUGGUAUUGGUUGGAAGUGGUCUGAUAAUUCUUCCUAUUGGAAUGAGUCAGCCUUUUCUAGUGUACCUCUUCUCUCCAAUUGCAGUAGUCUAUCCUGUCCAAGCAAUUAUUCAACUGAUUUGUGCACGCUAGUUAUCAAUGGUUCAAGAUCUCUCUAUGAUGAAAGAUGCAAUACGCUCCAUGAAUUUAUUUGUAUGGUUGAAAUUGGGAAUAAAUGUUACCACAUGCACUGCCACAGAGAAUAUCUCAUCAUUCUAGGUGUAGUGAGUGGGUUAAUCCUCUUCACAACACUAGCUGUUGUUAUUUGGCUUCUUGCAUACAAGCGGAGCAAGAAGAGAAGACGAUCUCGCAAGCUAUCUAACCCAGCAGCUUCUGCAUUAGUUCCCCCAUCGUGGAAAGUUUUCACAAAAGAGGAACUUAGGUCCGUUACAAAGAACUUUAGUGAAGGAAACCGUCUCCUUGGAGAUGCCAAGACAGGAGGCACCUAUAGCGGACUUCUACCUGAUGGUUCAAGGGUGGCAAUUAAGAGGUUGAAGAGGUCUAGUUUUCAAAGAAAAAAGGAGUUCUAUUCUGAAAUUGGAAGGGUUGCGAGGCUCCAUCAUCCAAAUUUGGUGGCUGUAAAGGGAUGUUGCUAUGAUCAUGGUGACCGGUACAUUGUUUAUGAGUUUAUAGUUAAUGGACCCUUAGACAAAUGGCUACACCACAUACCAAGAGGUGGUCGGAGUUUAGAUUGGGCCAUGAGAAUGAAAAUUGCCACAACACUUGCUCAAGGAAUUGCGUUCCUUCAUGACAAGGUCAAGCCACAUGUUGUGCAUCGUGACAUCCGUGCCAGUAACGUGCUACUUGACGAAGAGUUUGGAGCUCAUCUUAUGGGAGUUGGUCUCUCAAAAUUUGUUCCUUAUGAAGUAAUGCAAGAGAGAACGGUGAUGGCAGGCGGUACGCACGGAUACCUUGCUCCUGAAUUUGUGUACAGAAAUGAACUCACGACUAAGAGUGACGUAUACAGCUUUGGCGUGCUGCUACUAGAAAUUGUCAGUGGCCGUAGACCUGCGCAAGCAGUUGAUUCAGUGGGUUGGCAGAGUAUCUUCGAAUGGGCUACGCCUCUGGUACAAGCUCAUCGCUAUCCGGAUCUCUUGGAUCCCCACAUAACAUCAUCAUCUUCUGAUAUCCCAGAGGCUGGUGUCAUUCAAAAGGUGGUGGACCUUGUUUAUGCUUGUACACAGAAUGUGCCGUCUAUGCGACCCAGAAUGUCUCACGUCGUCCAUCAGUUACAACAAUUAGCCCAGCCACCUAUCCUAAAGUGAGUUUUAAUGUUGUUGAUCUGUAGGCUUGUAUUCCCAUGUAUGAGUAAUGUAAAUUUGGAUCUUUUUCCCCUGUUUUGGACGCCUUAGAAUCUCGAGACUAAGUAGAAUUUAGCACUGAUGUAGUUCUAGACCUUUCGAUACAUUCUAAUCAGUAAUGUAAUUGAUAAAACUAGAAUUCAGCACUAGAUUGUAGUUUAAGACUUUGGACCGCAAGGGUCAGGUUCCAACUGUCUGAUUUUCCACUUGCA